AUUUAUCAAAUAAUUUGUAGAUUGAAAUUUUUUAGAAGGCAGAAGAAACCAUGGCUCACGGCGGGUACGGAAAGCGGCGGGUGGCGGAGCGCAAGAAACCACUGGGACGGCGAGGAGGAGUCGAGAAGAAAUCGAAGUCUGUCUCCUUCAAGAAUCAGAUUCGUUCCAUCCAGCGGUUGCUCCGGAAGGAUCUUCCACCUGAAGUUAGAGAGGUGCAAGAAAAAAAGUUAGAAGGAAUCAAGAAACAGCAUGAGAUCCACUCUAAUCUGGGAAAAAUAUUCCGACGAGAUCUAAGGAUUAAGUUUCAUGAGAGAAGAAAAAUAGAAAGAAGAAUAAGACGUUUGGAGAAACUACAACGCACUUCUUCUGGCCAGGCACAAGAUGCAGAGCUUGCUGAUCAACUCUCUAAAUUGAAAGAAGAUCUUGAAUAUGUCAGGUUUUUCCCGAAGACUGAGAAAUAUGUAUCUUUAUUUACUGGAGGUGAUGACUUGGACAUAGUUGACAGGAGAAACAGAAUACGCAAGCAGAUAAAAGCUAAUUUAAUUGGUGCUGCAGCCAGUGGGAAGGAUUUGGAAGAGACAGGGAGUGAGGAUGAUGGGCUUCUUGAUUUGAGUGAGGAUGAUUUCUUUGUAACAGGAAGCUCAAGUGAUGAAGCAGAUGCAGAUGAUGAGUGGACUGACAAGAGUACAAGGGAACAGGCUUCUAGUACUUCUGGCAAAGCAGCUUCUGGCAUGUCAAGUGAUGAACGAAAUCAGAGGCAGAUUUCUGCUAGAUCUCUAAUGCCUCCUCCUCGGUCAUCUUCCAAUUCCUUCGCAAAUUCAGCACGUCCUCAAUCAAGGUUUGGGCCAUCAUCGAGCAAAAAUUCCUCAAUACGUAGGGCACAAGUUUCUAGAUCUGGCAAUGCUUCAAAUAGCAGAUCCGGGUCUUCCUUUAGAGCAGGUGGUUCUUCAGGUUCAAGGACAAGUCACAGUAGUAAUCUAAGUUCCAACUCUGAUGCCCACAAACCACGAAGGAAGAGGAGGCCAAAGAAGAAGAAACAACAGGGAUGAAUUGAAUGAAGUUUGUGGAGACAUCUUGUUGUCAUCAUCAAACCAAUCAGAUCAGCAUAAGUUAUGUAUGAGAAUUUCUUAUGCAUCUGUUUAGACCGUUAAAAUUUCCCCGUCUUGUUAAUUCUGGUUAAAUCUCAUUAAUUCCGGUUAAAACAUUCGGGACUUUCUCCGUAGUGUCGGAUUUAUUUGGUAAUUCGUUUUCACUUGAAUGUAUAUUUGAUUCUAUCUGAGUAGCAUCAACACCUGACCCCUUUUUUUCACCUUUGUUUUUCUUUGAGAUCUACAUACUCUCUAUAUAUAUUUUGUGAGACCUACAGACUUUA